AGGGUGGCUUCUGCUCUGACCCGCAGUGGCUGCAUCUGCAGCGACUCGCUGGCCCCCGUCAUGCCCACUCAUUCCAUGCAUCUCCCUCACUCAGGGAAAUGAUUUGACCCAUUUGACCGGGUGUGUGAUAUGAUCCGGCUACGUGCUUGUCCGAAUGAGUCGAUGUGUCCCAUUCUUCGACCCGCUGUGCGGCAGAACACCGCCAUUUCGUCCAGCUCCCCGAUUUGACCAACACCGGUAUGAUCGAUUCACAUUGCUCAUUUGCUGCCAUGGCAACGAGUCGUCCGCAAGACCCGGGUUGAGCUGCGAUCCAAAGACAUCAUCAUCUGCCCGUAACUGGUCCAGCACCGCCGGCCUCGUCGUAUCCGAGCCCAAUGUGGUUUUCGGCUCCUCCGCUUCCGUCCAGCAUCACCCUCCGUCCAGACGAAGCCCUGGUCGUCACCGUUUCCAUAAUCGACAAUGGCCACUCGUCAUUCGGUCUCUCGCAUCCAUCGCACAGUCCCCCAGCCGGCACUCUGGAUAUCCAGGCUUGGACCAAUGCCCUCUCGUCAAGCAAUGCGCUGGACCGACCCUGGGCUGCCGUUUCGCUUCCCCAAGUUGCUGCAUCCAACGACUGCCCGCUGCUCGGCAAGCUCCAGGACAGUCAGGCUGUUCGUCUGUUCUCUGGAUCUAUCCAGCCCUCCGAUCGGACCAUUACCCGAUAUGAGCUCACCCUCCGAGCCGUCUGGACGAUGCCCGACGGCUCCUCAGAAAUCCAGUGGCUGAGCCCCGGCAACAACUUGGUCGUCUCCCUCGCCGGCGAUGCCGAUCCGCCUGUCGAUGUGUCCGAAUACAUCGACUACGGUCUCUCUGGGCGCAUCGAGAAGCUGCCUCCCCGAGACCACACCAGCCUGAUUGCCUUCGUCCGCGACUGGCAGUCGAUCGUCGUCCUGGAUCCCGGAUACGAGGCCGUUUUCUGGGAGCGCCGCAAUACCCAGUGGAUCGAGCCCUCCUUCUCGGGUCCCUCGGGCUUUGUCGUCACUGGUCGACCGAUCUUUACAGCUUGUUGGCAACAUGCCCGAAGCGGUCGAUGGCUGGUCCUCAUUCCAAGCCUGCUCUCGAGCCCCAUCGUCGCUGGGGGCAGCAACGUCAUCGUCGCUGGGCAUCAGGAUCCCGAUCGUCCAGCGGAAGCACUUUUGGCAGUCGGGCUGGCCGGUGAGGGUCUGCCGCCUUUGCUGGUCGAGAGCUGGUCCGUCCUCCGGGGGUCGCCCGUUUCGAGGCAAACCUCAUCCUCCUGCUUCGGAGGGUCGCCGUUUGACUCCCUGGGAUUCUGUACAUGGAAUACAUUCGGUACCGACGUGUCGGCUGCAGCGAUUGUGGAGGAAGUCAAGAGCUUCCACACAAGCGAAAUCCCGGUCAGAGUAGUAUUGGUCGAUGAUGGGUGGCAAGAUACCACCGCAGACCGGAGACUUGUCUCGCUUGAGGCGAACUCAGCAAGAUUCCCACACGGACUCUGUUCGCUCGUCGAGGAGCUCCGAUUCAACGGAGUUGACUCUGUCGGCGUAUGGCAUGCCAUUGUCGGAUAUUGGGACGGCAUCGAGCCCGGCUCUGAGUUGGCGAGAAAGUACACCUGUCGCCGGGUUGCAACAAAGAGUGGAUCGCUCAAGUGGAUCAUCGACCCAACGUCACUCUCGGCCUUUUACUCGGAUUUUUAUGCCAGACUCAAGUCGUUGGGGAUAGCAUUCGUCAAGGUCGACUAUCAGAAUGUAUUCGAUGAACUCGAGGAUGGAUCGGAAUUGUGCCGGCUCUACCAAGAUGUCCUCAUUCAGGCAGCCCGAAAGUACCAGCUUUCUGUCAUCUGGUGCAUGUGCCACACCCCAGAGAUACUCCAUCACACCUUUCUGCCCGGGCACACCCUUGGAAUCGACAACACCCUUCGCAACUCCGAAGACUACUUCCCAGACGACUUUUCAUCGCAGCAAUGGCACAUCGUCACCAACAUCUUCAACUCUCUACUGUUCGACUCGAUCAUGCCCUCGGAGCACUCCACUCGUCUCGACUGGGACAUGUUUCGGACCGCCGACGCAUUCGGAUAUUCUGAGGUGCAAGCCCUUGCACGCUUCAUGAGCGCCGGCCCGAUAUUCAUGAGCGACAAGAGCCGAGUACACAACGCAGAUGUCCUCAAGUGCAUGCAUCGGAACGGGAAACUGGUGUCGCUCCGCCACUCUGGCCUGCCAAUGACUAGACUCUCCCUUGGCCUUGCCGGAAUAUCCAAUGGCCUUGUCACGAUCCAAACGCAGCGCCCAGACGGCCAACUCAUGUCCAUGCUUGCCGUAUUCAAUCUCGCAGACACCCCUCAGCUCGCAGGCAUCACCGUCGAUGACAUUUUCGAUGACACUGUCGAUGUCUCGGAUGCGUCUCCUUCACCGAAAGUAUUUGCUGCCCGUGGCUUUGACGACAAAAGGACCGUGUUGGUUUCGGCUCAGCGUCCACUCUCGGUGCUCGUUCCGCCUCGCCAGGCUGUCGUCAUCGCCAUCUCGCCUGUCAUCUCUCUACAGCAACGCCCUCUGGAUCUGGCGUCGCUGCGGGGUACAAGAUCGCCCAAUAGCCAGCUCGAUCCACUCUCUCUGCCACUCGGGGCGUUACUGUGCUUCGGCUUCGUCGAUCAGCUCGUUGGAAACGACCCAAUUCGUGGACUCUCUGUGAGAAUGCUCGAUGCGCCCGCAUCCGAAGCGACCGAGCUGCUGGUCGAGCUUGAGACCCGCGACAGCGGUACCCUGAUGCUGUGGUGUCAUGGAGCCGGCACUCGAAUCCACAGCGUGGCCGUUGGGCGAUCGCCUGACGCCGAAAUGGUCUCGCACAUGGAUCCAAAUCCGUUCUGGAAGUCCGAGAUCGAAGCACUCGCAUGGCCCGAGCACAUCACCGGAGUGUCCGUGUACAUCGACUUGGCCAAGGCUGGUCUUGAUAGCCAUCUUGGCAAUAGUGCCAAGGUCCACCUGCGCAUGAUAUACUCUGCAGCGUCCUGAGUGCUCUCCAAACUGUGCAUGGACUCGAGGCGAGUUGUCGCAGAGUCGCAGCAUUCACAAAUCAACACGGCUACCUGUGCUUGAGAU